AGUAUUUCCCUGUCCACGGGGUCACGCCAGCCACAAACACACAGCACGCCAAGAGGAAUGGUGUUGCAGUGAGGGCAGCGGGCAAGCGCUGAGCUCCAGACCAAGAGAAGGAUUUCCACAGCUUUCAAAGAGCCCAUAACCAAACCACCACAGGGAGGGAAACCUUCCACUGCCAACAUGAAGGAAGCCAGUGAAAACACCUCUCUGGAAGGUGCUGGCUGGAGCCAGGCAGCGUGUGAGGACUUGCCGACCAAGGCCCAGGAUACAAUUUUUUGCUCUGAAGAAGACAACAGUCUGUAUUUCACAUACAGCGGAAAAUCAAACAUUCUUGAGGUCAAAGAACUCAACUACCAGGUUAACGUGGCGUCCCAGAUUCCGUGGUAUGAAAACCUCAUGCAGAUGAAAAUGCCCUGGACCUGGAAAUCAGAUCCCGAUUCUUAUGUGUCAAUAAUCCAGAAUCUGAAUUUAAAAGUUCAAAGUGGUCAGAUGCUAGCUAUUAUAGGAAGUACUGCUGGUGGCAAGACAUCCUUGCUUGACGUGAUAACCUGCCGGGAUCAGGGAGGCAAAAUAAAGUCCGGUCAAAUCAUGAUCAAUAACAAACCCAGCACUCCCCAGCUUGUUAAGAAAUGCAUAGCACACGUGCGGCAGGAUGACCGACUGCUCCCCCACCUGACUGUCAGAGAAACACUGUUGUUCGUUGCCAAACUGCGCCUUCCAAAGUAUUUUUCGGACUCACAAAGGAAAAAAAGGGUAGAAGAUGUUAUAGCAGAACUCCGCUUGUGUCAGUGUGCGAACACCAGGGUAGGGAACGAGUACCUCCGCGGCAUUUCGGGAGGCGAGAGGCGGAGAGUGAGCAUCGGUGUGCAGCUGCUCUGGAACCCAGGAAUACUCAUACUCGAUGAACCCACAUCUGGACUGGACAGUUUUACUGCACAUAACCUUGUGAUAACAUUAUCCAGACUGGCCAGAGGAAACAGAUUAGUUCUCCUUUCACUUCAUCAGCCCCGAUCAGAUAUCUUCCAACUGUUCGAUUUAGUUCUUCUGAUGACUUCUGGAGUCACUGUCUAUUCUGGAACAGCUAGAGACAUGGUCCAGUACUUCACAGAACUAGGCUAUCCCUGCCCACAGUUCAGCAAUCCUGCAGAUUUCUACGUUGAUUUAACCAGUAUUGAUAAACGGACUGCAGAGAAGGAGAUGGAAAGCCGAAAAAGAGCAAAUACUCUUGCCAACUUGUUCCUAGAAAAAGUCAAAGAUUUUGAUGAUUUCUUAUGGAAAGUUACCGAAAAAGACAAUGUUUCAACCACAUUCAGCAAGCAAAGGUCCUUUGUAAAUUCAGAAGAGGCAAUCAACAUGCCUUACCCUUCAAGUGAUCAGUUACCAGGAGUCUUCAAGCAGUUCACUACGUUACUAAGUCGUCAAGUUUCCAAUGACUUCAGAGAUCUUUCAAUGUUAUUAAUCCAUGGAUUUGAGGCCCUUUUCAUGUCAUUAUUAAUUGGAUUUUUGUACUACGGCCAUGAGAAAAACAGACUCUCUAUUCGUGACACAACAGCAUUGCUGUACAUGAUAGGUGCACUAAUCCCAUUCACAGUGAUAUUGGAUGUUAUUGCCAAAUGUCAUUCAGAAAGAGCUAUGCUUUAUAAUGACUUGGAAGAUGGAAUGUAUUCUGUUAGCCCAUACUUCUUUGCUAAGGUUUUGGGGGAGCUCCCAGAGCACUGUGCUUUUGUUAUAAUUUACGCAUUUCCCAUCUACUGGCUGGCAAACCUCGUUCCCAAGCCAGAACACUUCCUGCUGAACUUCCUCUCAGUGUGGCUGGCUGUGUACAGUGCCCGCACGAUGGCACUUUGGGUGGCAGCGCUGCUGCCGACACUGCAGCUCUCGGCCUUCUUCGGCAACGUCCUCUUCACAUCGUUCUACUUGAGUGGUGGCUUUGUGAUAAGCCUGGAAAGCCUCUGGACAGUUCCAUUUUGGAUUUCAAAAAUCUCUUUCCUCAGAUGGAGCUUUCAAAGCAUGGUGCAAAUUCAGUUCAACGACAUCACAUAUGACAUGACCAUUGGAAACACUACAUUUCAAAUACCGGGGAAACUUGUGAUCCAGUCUCUGGACCUGGACUCCCACCCUCUCUACAUCAGCUACCUCGUCCUCGUCGCCAUCGUGUGCAGCUUCCUCCUGUUGUACUACUUGUCCCUGAGGUUCAUCAAGCAGAAAUCACACCAAGACUGGUAGCGGCAAACCACGCAGAGGGGACAGCAGGUCACCGAGAGCCUUGCGAGGAGAGCGGGAAGACUCGGGAGCUGAUUUUGGGUGCCCCCCGCAGCCGCGCAGGGGCGAGCACCGGGUGCCGCGGCCGGGCCGCCACGGGAUGGCAGCAGAACCCCAGCAGUGGGGAGGCACAACCUGCAGCAGCCUGGGACCGGGCUUGGGGGGGUUAGGUUUUAUAUUUUGGUGCGCUUCGGUUUUGUUUUUUUUCUUUGACAUAGUUUUUUUGACAAGACUUCUAUGAGUUCGCCACACCUUGAAACAUUCUGAGCAAAGGGCCGGUGACUGAAAAUGACCCGUCUCCACUUUGCAAUGACUGAUGAUUCAGUCCAAGGUGCUUGAAAGUACAGUGAUUGCAUACUCAGUUCUGAGAGCGUGGAGAUCAGCACACAGAAAACACUGCUUUCUGUAGCAUGUGUGACAUUCAGCGCCCAUAGAAACACUGUGGAGGUAAGAAAACCAGAAGACUUCACUGAUGCUUCAGUUGAACAUGCAAGGACAGAAAACACAACUGUUAACCGUUCUGUGCUGUUUCUACUUGCUUAUGUGUUUAUACGUUUCACCUUAGUGUUCCAAUUAGAUGCCGGUGAUGCCCCAAAUGGCUAUUUUCUCACUGUACAGAUGAUUGCUUGUAACGGAUAAUUUUAUCUCACCUUCUUGGAUUUAUUUCUACAGUAUAAAUACGCACCAAUUGACUGUUAUUAAUCACAUCUUUGCCCUGGCAAUACAAAUCACAGCAACUUGCCAAGUUUGACUCCUAAGAUUUUCAGGUAGCAAAUACCAACCUGCCCCUCCAGUAAUUAAAAAUCUAAUGACGUAAAUCUAUGAAAUGCUUGUAAUUGUGCACCUAGUUAUGCUCAGUGAUAAGACACAAAUGCUCAGAAAACAAGUAACAGUAAAUAAAUGGUUGUAAUUCACACACAG